AUGCACAGCGGCGGCAACGCAGCCACAGCCAGCUGUGUCCGCGAGCGGCCAGGGCGGCGGGACACCGUCACGCCGGGUGAGUGUCAGCACACACCGCACGGGGUGGCGGAUGCUCCGGACGCAGGGAGCCCGGUCGGAGGCGCAGUGAGAGCAGCAGGCCAGGCCGGGCAGCGCCGGGCGGCUGAGUCCACGCCUGCAAGCCGCUCCCCAGUGGAGCCCGGCCAGGGCGGAUGGCUGCCAGACAGCCGGGCGGAUGAGUCAGCCCCGGAAAUAAUCCGGCUGGGACCCAGUGGGACAGCAGAGAACAGAAGGGAGUCAGGAGCAACAGCGUCAAAGGGAAGCGCAGAAGCUCAAGUUGUUCCAAAGAAUGAUGGCGCAGCAGAAGAGCAUAGGAAGGGCGGCCUGGACGGCGGCGCGGGUGGGCACUGCGCGCAGGUGCGCUGGCCGCUGGGCAGGGCCGGGACCGUCCCGCACGGGCUGGAGCUCAGACGCCCCGAGUCUGUGUUAUCCCCGUGGUGCCAGGCGAGGGCUCCAGCUCAGGCCUCGCUGACCGAACGGUUUGAAGGAUGUUGCAGUCCAAAGGAGGCCACUUUUCCAAGGAAGAACGAGGGGACUUGGGUGGCCAGCAGCGUCUGCAGUCAGGGGUGUCAGAAAUGGCACCCGGGGGGCUUCCCUGGUGGCGCAGUGGUUGAGGGUCUGCCUGCCAAUGCAGGGGACAUGGGUUCGAGCGCUGGUGUGGGAGGAUCCCACAUGCCGCGGAGCAACUAGGCUUGUGAGCCACAACUACUAAGCCUGCGCGUCUGGAGCCUGUGCUCCGCAAGAGAAGCCGCGAUAGUGAGAGGCCCGCGUACCACGAUGAAGAGUGGCCCCUGCUCGCCGCAACUGGAGAAAGCUCGCGCGCAGCAACGAAGACCCAACGCAGCCAUAAAUGAAUGAAUGAAUGA